GCAGGGCAUCUUGCUGCCUCCGUGUGAACACAAGCGAUGAACAUGGAGAAAGUCAAUUCCAUGGACUUUGGAGAAUUUGUGGAUGUGUUUGGAAAUGUCAUUGAGAGGUGUCCUCUGAUUGCAGCAGCUGUCUGGUCCCAGCGUCCGUUCUUUGACUUGGAAGAUUUAGAGAAGCACUUUUUUGCCUUUAUAGAUGCUCUUCCACAGUCAGGACAGGAGGGCAUCCUGCGCUGCCACCCGGACCUGGCGGGUCGCGAGCAGCAGCGGGGCACGCUCACUGCGGAAUCGCAGCGGGAACAGAGCGGCGCGGGCUUGACAAGCCUGAGCGCAGAAGAGCGGCAGCAGCUGGAGAAGCUCAACGCGCAGUACCGCGCGCGCUUCGGCUUCCCCUUCGUGCUCGCCGCGCGUCUCAGCGACCGGGCAGCGGUGCCUAGAGAGCUGGAGCGCCGGCUGCACUGCCAGCCAGCGCAGGAGCUGCGCACCGCCCUGGGCGAGGUGAAGAAAAUUGGCCACCUGCGCCUUGUCGACCUUCUCGGUGCCGACUCCUCCAGGCUGUAGAAGCUGCGCGAGCUGGGGACCCCCGGACGCCUGGCUGACCCGGCGCUGGGCGCGCUGCGCUGGAGGCUGAUUUGGGCCUGGAACUGCGUCCACAAACGCGCACAAAGGAAGUGGAGAAUUGAGGCAAUCAUACGAGUGAUGAUGAGCCCUUUGUCCACCCACCCACAAGUACACGCGUCUCCAAAAUAUUUCAUAGUUUAGUGCUUUGCCCCGAUUUAUCCAGCUCACUGCUUCAAUUCUUCACCCGCUUUGCCGCUUGCCGACACCACCAGCCUUUGUGGACACCACCAGCCAGCUCUGGUUGGCUCCCCCACCCUCUCCUGCUAAGCCUGAUCUGCAAAGCAAAACGGAUGGAAAAAGGGAUCUUUUAUUCCGCA